AUGUUCUUCUUCCGUUUCCUGGCAACAGUCUUGCUGCUGCUCAAUUUCAAGUCCGUGGUAGCGCAAACAUCGAAUACUUCCUCACCCGUGCACUGGGAUAAAUACAGUCUUUCAAUUAACGGCGAGAGACUGUUUGUCUUUGCUGGCGAGUUUCAUUAUAUUCGUCUACCCGUUCCGGAAUUAUGGCUUGAUGUGUUUCAAAAGUUGAAAGCGAACGGGUUCAAUGCCAUCUCAGUGUACUUCUACUGGAACCACCACAGCGCUUCCGAAGGCGUCUACGACUUCGAAACCGGCGGCCACAACGUCCAGCGCCUGUUUGACUACGCGAAAGAAGCGGGGGUCUACAUAAUCGCCAGACCCGGACCAUACGCCAAUGGCGAACUUUCUGCAGGAGGAUUCGCCCUAUGGGCUGCCAACGGCCGACUCGGUAAAGAGCGUACUAGCGAUACACAAUACUACGAUCUGUGGUCACCAUGGAUUACCGAGAUAGGCAAAAUCAUCGCAGCUAAUCAGAUCACCGAGGGUGGACCUGUGAUUCUGGUUCAGCAUGAGAAUGAGCUGCAGGAAACGACUCAUAGUGCCAAUAACACGUUGGUGCUGUACAUGGAGCAGAUUACGCAGGUCCUUGACGACGCGGGUAUUGUCGUUCCGAGUACCCAUAACGAAAAGGGGAUGCGGUCUAUGAGUUGGUCAACGGAUUAUGAGGAUGUUGGUGGUGCAGUCAAUAUCUACGGUUUGGAUAGCUACCCUGGUGGAUUGUCCUGCACGAACCCCGAUGCAGGCUUCGAUCUUAUCCGAACGUAUUAUCAAUGGUUUCAGAACUAUUCAUAUACGCAACCUGAGUUCUUACCCGAGUUUGAGGGAGGUUAUUUUACGGCUUGGGGKGGCGUGUUUUAUGAUGAUUGUUCUUCAAUACUUCAGCCGGAGUAUGCCGAUGUGUUUUACAAGAAUAAUAUUGGUAGCCGCGUCACGUUACAGAGUCUGUAUAUGACGUAUGGAGGAACGAAUUGGGGUCAUAUCGCUGCGCCGGUGGUGUAUACAUCUUAUGAUUAUGAUGCGCCCCUGAGAGAGACUCGUGAGAUUCGCGAUAAGCUGAAACAGACGAAGCUUUUAGGUUUGUUCACGCGGGUGUCUACGGAUCUGCUGCAGACUGAGAUGACGGGUAAUGGCACUGGGUAUACGACCGGUGCAGAUAUUUUUACGUGGGCGUUGAGGAAUCCAGAGACGAAUGCUGGUUUCUAUGUCGUUGCGCAGGAUGACAGCUCUUCGACGACGGACGUCGUAUUUGAUCUUGAAGUCGAGACUUCUGCAGGCACCGUGAAUAUCACAAGCAUUGGCCUCGACGGCCGUCAAAGCAAAAUUAUCACCACAGACUACAAAGUCGGCAACACCACACUGCUCUACUGCUCUGCAGACAUCCUGACCUAUGCCACCCUGGACGUCGACGUACUCGCUCUAUAUCUAAACCAAGGCCAAACCGGUACUUUUGCAUUCGCAAACGCAAGCUCUCACUUAAAGUACACUGUCUAUGGUAACUCGACGGUGACUACUUCGAAUUCCAGCCAGGGGACAGUCUAUACAUAUACGCAAGGACGAGGCACCUCGGCUAUCAAGUUCUCGAAUGGAUUCUUGGUCUACUUGCUUGAUAAGUAUACCGCAUGGGACUUUUUCGCACCGCCACUGCAGCUGUCGGAUCCGAUUGUGAAACCGAAUGAGCAUAUAUUUGUGAUUGGACCUUACCUCGUGCGCGAGGCUAACAUCAAGGGUCGUACACUGGAGCUCACUGGUGAUAAUCAGAACACUACAUCCAUCGAAAUCUACCACGGCAACCCAUCCAUCUCCUCCAUAACCUGGAACAGCAAGCCCCUCUCCACCAAACGCACCGCCUACGGCAGUCUGACAGCCACCAUCCCCGGCACCGAAUCUAUUUCUGUUUCCCUUCCCAAACUCACGUCCUGGAAAUCCCACGACACGAUCCCCGAAAUCGACCCUAACUACGACGACUCCAACUGGGUAGUAUGCAAUAAAACCACCACUUUCAACUCUAUCGCGCCUUUGUCGUUGCCAGUGCUCUACUCUGGCGACUAUGGGUAUCAUGCAGGCCCCAAAGUCUACCGAGGGCGAUUCGGCAGCACAAAUGCUACGGGUGUAAAUAUCACGGCUCAGAAUGGGUAUGCCGCGGGGUGGUCCGCAUGGUUGAACGGCGUAUACGUAGGCGGCGUGACCGGCAACGUCAGCAUUGAAGCAACCAGCGCGGUACUGGGAUUAAACUCGUCGAUACUCAAACAAGAUGGUACGGACAAUGUGCUCACCGUGCUGGUUGAUUACACGGGUCAUGACGAGGAUAACGUCAAGCCCGCGGGAACCCAAAACCCGCGUGGCCUGCUAGGCGCCGUCUUCGUGGGAUCGACAACGACGAUUUUCACUUCGUGGAAAAUCCAGGGUAAUGCCGGCGGCGAGAAAAACAUUGACGCGCUUCGGGGCCCCAUGAAUGAAGGCGGUUUCUACGCUGAGCGUCUCGGAUGGCACUUACCGGGCUUCGAGCCAUCGUCGUCCAGAAAAGGAGGAUGGGACACCAAAUCACCAUCCGAAGGCGUCGCUGGCGGCGAACACAGAUUCUACCUUACCUCCUUCACACUCGAUCUCGGCCCAAACAGUCAUUUCCUCGACAUCCCCAUCGGCAUUAAGUUGAACGCAUCCUCAACCUCCGGCCCAGCGGUAGCAUAUGUCUGGCUGAAUGGAUACAAAUUCGCGCAUUACCUGCCUCAUAUUGGUCCGCAAACAGUGUUCCCAUUCCAACCUGGUGUGCUCAAUAUUCAGGGGAAUGACGGCCAUAAACGAACGAAUACGCUUGCGAUAAGUCUAUGGGCGUUGACGGAUGAGCCAGCAGCGUUGGAGGUGGUGGAACUCGUGGCGUAUGGAAAGUAUACAACUUCAUUCGAUUUUGGGAGGGAUUGGAGUUAUUUACAGCCUGGGUGGGUGAAUAGGAGUGAAUAUGCUUGA